UAUACGUCCGAUCAUUCCACACACACACACAAUAUCAACGGCACGCACGAAGAUUUUCAUCUUCUUCAGGUCAAAACUGCAGUUAGUUCUAAGGCAGAUAUUACUUUUAAAGAUUUCGUUUGACGAAAUCUCCAUUACAGUACUAGGGCCUAUACACCUUGAAAAUGCCUGGAAACAAUGAAAACAAAGUCCGAAAACGGGUGAAACAGGAGGAAAACGCUGGGGAACUUCGAGUGAGUGGGGAUCAGCAGACCAAAGAUGAAUCGUCCCCGGCAGUUACGGCUGAAAGUCUUACAGGUGUAGGGAAGUGGGGAAAUUUAGUAGCGUCACCAUCGUCAUUCGUUUUCACAUUGAAUAUCAAUGCUUUGAUUGCAGUUCUUACGUUCGUGUCUUUUGUUACACGAUUUUGGAGGCUAGAAGAACCGAGGGGAGUUGUGUUUGACGAGACUCAUUUUGGUCUGUUCACAAGCUUCUACCUCAAAGGGAUGUUCUUCUUUGAUGUGCACCCGCCCCUAGGCAAGCUGCUCAUAGCCUCUGUGGGCUACUUGGCGGGCUUUCAAGGAGACUUCUCUUUUGAAAAGAUUGGUCAAGAAUACCCAUGCGAAGUUCCGAUAUGGCAUUUGCGCUUCCUACCAGCCCUCUGUGGGUCUCUGCUUACCCCUCUCACAUUCUACAUCUUGGAAGGUAUGGGAUUCAGCCAAUGGACAGCAGCUGUAGGAGCUUUCCUUGUUGUGUGUGAUAAUUCUUUGUUGACUCAGUCUCGAUUCAUCUUGUUGGAUACCAUAUUGCUGUGUUUCAUCCUGCUGUCUUUUCUAGCUCUUCUGAGAUUCAGACAAGUACAGGAUAAGCCAUUUAGUAUUCAGUGGUGGAUAUGGCUAACAUGCUUGGGAGUCUUCCUCUCAUGUACUAUAAGUGUGAAGUAUUCUGGUUUGUUUACAUCAGUUGUCAUCCUUGGUGUUAUUACAGCUGAUUACUGGACUAUGGUUGGUGACAGAGGCGUCUCAAAUUCCCACCUAUUCAAAGAGAUGUUAGCAAGAGCAGUACUACUCAUCAUUGUGCCUGUGGUGCUAUACCUAUCCUUCUUCUACAUCCACCUGACUGUGUUGUAUCGGAGUGGUCCUCAUGAUGGACGGAUGUCCAGUGCAUUCCAAGCUUCACUGGAAGGAGGCCUAGCAAAGGUCACUCAGGGUCAACCAAAGAACAUAGCCUAUGGUUCACAGAUCACUCUCCGGCAUACACACAGCACUGUUUGCUGGCUCCACUCUCAUCCCCAUCUUUACCCAUUGAGAUACUCGGAAAGAAGGGGGAGCAGCAUACAGCAGCAGGUCACAUGCUAUACAUUCAAGGAUGUUAAUAAUUGGUGGAUAGUGAAAGACCCUGAGGAAGAAGGAUUCGCGACGGAGAAUCCUCAGAGACCCGUCAAAGAUGGUGACAUCAUCCAGUUGAUUCAUGGGACCUCGGGGCGGCGACUUAACAGUCAUGAUGUAGGUGCUCCAAUGUCACCUCAAUACAUGGAGGUAUCAUGUUACAUUGAUUACAACAUCUCCUUUCCUGCUCAAGACUUAUGGAGAGUGGAAAUAGUGAACAAGGAUGUCCAAGGUAAUUUAUGGAAAGCGAUCCAUUCACACAUCAGACUGAUUCAUGUCAAUACAUCACAAGCUAUGAAGUUGACCGGUCAACAGCUCCCGGAUUGGGGUUUCUACCAGCAUGAAGUUGCUACAGAUCGUGUCAUGAAUCAGGACUCCAACAUCUGGAAUGUGGAGGAAAAUAAACAUUCAAGUGACAAAGAAGAUGACUUCUGGGAUGAUACAAAGGAGCUAAGUUUCUUCAGUAAAUUCUGGGAAUUACAGUUGAAGAUGCUGGAAGCAAAUAGGAAUCUGCUAGAGGAUCACAAGUACCAAUCGGACCCAAUGGGAUGGCCCUUCAUGGAACGCGGUAUUGCCUACUGGAUGAAGACAACCACAAAUGCUCAGAUUCAUCUCCUUGGUAACGUGAUCACAUGGUGGUCAGCUAAUCUAGGGAUUGUUGUUUAUCUGGUCGUCAUGGUCAUCUACAUCAUACGACAUCAGAGAGCUUGCAAUGAUCUCACAAAAGAUGAAUGGAUUCGUCUUUUCAUGACAGGCGCCCUCUUCCUGUCAUGGUUUGUCAACUAUUUUCCAUACUUUAUGAUGGAGCGUACCCUCUUUCUACACCACUACCUGCCAGCAUUUCUCUCAAAGAUCCUACUUUUGGCUGCUACAAUUGAGAUAGUUUACUUCCAUGUCUUGCAGACUUCUGCUCAGCGUAGUCUCUUCACCAGCCUUCUGGUUGUUUGGCUGACAUCCAUCUUCGUAGUCUUCAAAAGCUUCUUGCCGAUGUGUUAUGGAAACAAGGACUUCACUGAAGAGGAGGUGGAAUCUCUGCGAUGGAUGGAGAGCUGGGGGUUCCUUGUGCAAGGAAAGAUGAUCGCAUAAGAUGAUUGCAUAAGAUGAUCGCAUAAGAUGGUCGCAUAAGAUGAUCACAUAAGAUGAUCGCAUAAGAUGAUUACAUAAGAUGAUUGCAUAAGAUGAUCGCAUUAGAUGAUUGCAUAAGAUGAUCGCAUAAGAUGAUCGCAUCAGAUGAUUGCAUAAGAUGAUUGCAUAAGAUGAUCGCAUAAGAUGAUUGCAUGAGAGGAUUGCAUAAGAUGAGGGUAGGGAGAGAGAUAACGUCUCUGAUGAACUAUCAUUAUAAAGAACAUUGUCUUGUCAAUCUCAUUAUAACUAUGUCAUCUUGCUGAUCCGACUUACCGUAUUUGAAUAGUUCUGUCUCUGAGCCCUAAUAGGAUUAUAUUUCAGUGUAUCCAUUUAAUACCUUUGAGUAAAAGCUGUGUGUAGAAAUAAUGAGGUUCAGCUGUAGUACUGCGGCCCAUUUCACAAACCCUUUUUCAAUGACAAAUGACAAAAAUCAGUGACAAAUCUGUUGAUAACCAAUCAGAAGCAAGGAUUUCAGUAGCUGAUAACAAAAAUUGUCAUUUGUCACUGAUGACAAGUUUUAGUGUGAAAUGCCCCCUGGUGCAUUGGAAGAGGAUUGCAUGAGAUAAGGGUUGGAGUAGAUAGGUAGAUGGAGAGCUUCUUUUCUGUGCAAGAGAUUCAAAGUGUUUGCAUAAGGGCGAGAUCAAGCUGACUAACAACUCAAAUUAUAGAUUAAUUUUAAGCGAUGAUUAAAUGAUAGCCCAACGAGAUUGCAGACAUGCUUAUCAUCAAGUAAAAUGUGCUUACGACCUGUUCUUCCGGUAUGUGCUGUAAGGCAUGGAACUCAAUUGAUAAUAGUGAUGGACUAAUUUAAAAGAUUAGGUGAAAGGAUUGUUUAAGGUGGAUUGAAGAGAGUUUGCAGUUAGCCUGAGGUUGGGUGUCUAGAUGGUAACAUUAUGGAUUGUAAUUGUAUUUGACUGCUAGACUUUGUCUCAGUUUUAUUUUAUUUUAAAGAUGUAUAUUUAUAUGAUGCCAACGGUCUUUCAUUGUGUAUAUUAUGUAAACUGGCAACUUGGCUGCAGCACUUAUGUUGUUUUUGGGGCCAUUUAUCACCUUAUACAAUUAUCUUGAGUAUCUUUGUCUUCUGAAUCUGCAGAAUAUGUAACAGUUGAUUGGUUUGUUUGUUGUGCUGCUAAGAAAGCAUGUGUAUGCUUGUAAGUAAGCAACUAGGGGACAGACGGCUUCAAGUCCAGUCUACUUGGUAACGCCAAAGGGCACUAGCGCAUUGAAUUCGUUUUGAACCAAGACUUCUCGGUGAAGAGACCACUGUUCAUGCACUGAGCCAUAGCACCUCACUUGAUUUGCUUUUGGGUGUAGAUUUAGAUACAGAUCAGUCUGCUAUGUCAUGUAUCUACUGUAGGAUAAUAAGAUAUGUAGUAUUCGCUUAUUGUGUAUUCAGUCGAAUCAAAAUCAUCAUUGUUCUUUUCAGAUGUUCAUAUUAAACCAUAAAGUAAUGUGUUAAGUAUAUUUUCCUUAUAUGAAUACAUCAAACAGUUUCAGUACUAGGCCAAUUUUUGCCAAUUUCAUCAACUCAUUUUUUUUGUUCCAACAUGUUGGUUCCUACUUCAAAUAAUGCAUGGAGAUUAUGUUGUUGGUUUUCACAUCAAGUAUAAAAUGGGGUUUUAUAUCACUGAAAGGAAUACUUAUUAAUGAUAAUCAUGAAGGAUGAAAUAUUAUAUUCCCCAUUUUCCUUAGUUUUAUCUUUACCCAAGUAAAAUUUUAUUGAAUCAAUAGUCACUUUUAAGAACGAAAUUCAAUUUGACAGAGCUAUAAUAAGUCUCAUGUACUAUCAUUGUAUUAUUUAUGGGAGUAAGUACUCCAUCGGUUUGUUUAAGUCUUUAAGCCAGAAUAUCUUAUUUUUGCUAUGUAUAUAUUAAGUACUGUUUUGAACUUUUGUAUAUUUUGAACAGCAUAUAUUUUACAAAGGAAGUAAAAGUAGUAUAUUUGAAUGCAAAUUUACUAUGGUAAUUUUGGUGGAUAGGAUAUAAAUUUAACAGAUCGAUGUGUUUGAAAAGGUGCUAAAAAGCAUGUACAGUGUGAAAAAGUGAGAUGAAAACAAUCCAGUAGCAAUAGCAUGUAGGGGGCAGAGUUGUUAGACGUUUGUAGAGCGAGUAAUUUCAAAGAGAUAAAUUUCAAAUAAGAGUCAUAAGUGCCUUCUUCACCACAAGAGAGUACCGGUAAUAAUUUUGACAUUUAAUUUUUGUAGAUAUGUCCUGAAGGGUUGAAGAAUGUUGACACCUGACUCAUAAAAUCAAGAGGAUUAGUCUAACAGCAGAGAUGCCAACCAGUACGAUUAAAUCGUCUUUAGUACGAUAAUAAGAGUGAAAUGCGAUCUUAAAAUAUGAUUUUUCAUCUUUUUUAACCCAUAAAAAAAGCGGAAUCGCAUAAAAAUAUGCACAAGUAAACCCCCGCAACCCCCAAAAAACUUUGCUUUACAAUUUUCUAAUUAAAUUUUAAUAAAAGAGCAAACAUUUUUCUGAAA